GCAUCCUCCGUUUGUAGUACAGUCUUUUGUUUCUUCUCGGUUUUCCACGUAUUUCCAGCUUAAUUUGCCAACAAGGCGUUUAUUGAGAGAACUUCCUACAGAUUUAUCAAAUCAUUAUUGUCAGUGAAGCGCCUAGCAUGCAACUGGUUUUCCUGAUUCUCUCUGCUCUUGCAGCUGCUGAUGCUUCUGCGAAAAUUCUUAUCGGCAAAUCCUUCGUGACCAAGUAUCCGGUUGCACAAAGAGAAAACGCAUUUGAAUAUCAGAUUAUCAACAUUGGCCUUUCUCCAGCUCUCAAGGUCGAGCUGUCUGAUCUCAAAUCUUUCCCAACUGACCGAUUCGAGAUUUUGAAAGGAUCUGCAACAGCAAGUUUUCCCGUCAUUCCUGCGAAUUCCACCAUCUACCAUCACAUUGUUGUCAUUCCUCGUGUUCCUCAAGCCAUCGAAGAUCACGAUGUUACCGUGAACUAUACUGAUUCCGAGACUGGCAAACGUGCGCGAACCUCUACAGUCUCGUAUGAUAAGAGAGGAUACACUCAUUUCUUCGCCGAAACUGCCAUGAGAAAAGUGGAAGGAGUCAAUUGCACACACUUCCUCGGAUUCGGAGCCAUCGCUUUUCCAUUGACUGCAAUCCCAGCAAUUCUCUACUGGAUCUCCAAACGUCGUUAUUCAAACAAAAAACAGGAUUAGCUUUCGAAUCGUUGUUUAAUUUUACUGGUUAUCAAUCUAUGGGUACACAUAUAAGUCAGCUUUAAAUUGUAUUUAUUAGCACCCGGUUGAAGAAUAAAAUAUUGUAGUUU